AUGCUGCGCAGUGCGCACAUGUGUUUUGGUAAUUUUGUUGUAAUUUUUUAGAAAAGCAAAGCAUUAAGACGCCCUAUAAUGGUAAAGGGUAAAAAGCCAUAUAUUGACCGCAAAAAGGCAGUUACCUUUCACCUCGUGCAUAGAAGUCAGCGUGAUCCUCUCGUAACAGAUGAAAAUGCUCCACAACGAGUGCUUUUGGAGGCGGGCGCGCGACAGAAGCCACAGAACGAAGCGCCUCCGGAUCCAGCCAAACGCCAUGAGGAGCAGAAGAAAUAUGGAGUUCAUUUUGAUGAUGACUACGACUAUAUGCAGCACCUCAAGAAACGUGAAAACGUUGUAGUUUGGGAGUACAUGGAGAACCCGAACCAAACGAAAAAAGACAAGACAGGAACGGAACCGAAACUCAAUUUACCUAGCUCUGUAUUCGCGAGUGAGUUUGAAGAGCCUGAGGGUAUGCUAAACAAGGCUGCGCCGCAGCCUGGUCCACGUCCAGAUUGGGAUCCGGAUGUGGUUGCUGCACUCGACAGCGACUGCGAAGUCAACGAAGAAUUAGAAGAUGACUUUGUCGUUCAAGCGAUGGGCGGUAGUGAUGAUGACGACGAUUACGAUGAAGAAGAGGAUGACUGGCGCGACGAAAGUGGUGACGAAGAUAUGGAUGAAGAAAUGGAAGAAAACGCCGAGGAGCUUAUGGACCGUUUGGCGCCAUUAAUGCGUCAGCGUCGGUUUGACGACGAAGAAGUGAAAUCCCGUUUUACGGAGUAUUCUAUGUCCUCCAGCGUUAUACGUCGUAAUGAGCAGCUUUCCCUUCUCGACGAUCGAUUUGAACAGUUCUACGCUACCUACGAUGACCCUGAGGUAGGUGAUUUGGCGCUGGAGGACAUCGAGGGUAGCUGGCACCAGAAACAUCCAGUUGUUAUGCAAUGCUUCCAGGAGUUCAAAAAAAAGAACAAAACUAUAGAGUAUAAUAAGGAAUGGGAUCGAGAACGCUUGGAAAAGUAUCGCAAUGUUGUUGAGGGCGAACAAGAUCCUACCGAAGAGUUAAUAGAAUACGAGGUAGAAGAUCCAAAAGAAAAGAAAUGGGACUGCGAGUCUAUACUAUCCACAUAUUCGAAUAUAUAUAACCACCCAAAACUGAUAGAUGAGCCACGUCGCAGUCGACGCUCAAGUGCUACCACAAACGCAGCCCCCAUACAAAUCGACCCCAAGACUGGUUUGCCCACAAAUGUGCUUCGAGGUGGAGUCGAUGGCCAGUUAACAGCCAAAGCACUAGCCAACCUCGAGGACAGUGCAUCAAAAGAAACCGGACCCAAAUCGCUGUGUGCUAAAUCAGUCCUGUCUACGCUAAGCGUACUUUCGAUACGUCCGAAAGACGAAACCCCCGAAGAAAAACGCGAACGCAAGCGAUUAUUGAAGGAGUACCGGAACGAACGUCGCAUCGAGAAAAAGGCGAAUGCCGAGGCAUUCAAGGAAGAGAAGAAACGGCAAACUGGCGUCAAAAUCAAUCAGCUGACCAAUCAGCAAGGCUCCACGAUUGUUUAAUCGGCGUGAUUUGCCUAAUUAUUUAAGUUGUAUAUCAAAUGUUUUUAGAUUUCUGUAAAUGUGAUUGAAUAUAUACGCAUACCGAGCUUGUAUGCGGCACUAUCUAUAUACA